GUUGGCUAAAUAUUUGCCUCAUAUCACAUCCUACAAAGUAGGUCAGCGUCGCAGCAUCACAUUCCAGCCUAUCAGAGACAAAAUAUCACAGCUAAACUACGGCCGCUACUGCGGGGGUAAUUUGCCGAGUCCAACACUGGGUCGCUCUGUCGAAAAUAGAGAGAGAGAGAGAGAGCUCAAUGGUAUGGCGAGAAAAAUUAGUAUUCCCUCACGGUACAAGUGGCACUCCAGGGUGGCGGCAGAUGUGUGUAUUGUCGUAAUUAUCGCAAUAAUAACAGCCACCUUCAAGAAGAUCGUGCCUCCUGUGCACCAGGGCUUCCAGUGCCACGACCCCCGCCUGCAGCAGCCAUACAAGCCAGGGGCGUCUGUCAGUAACGCAGUUCUGUAUGGAGUCGGCUUCGGGCUGCCGGCUGUUGUGAUGAUCUUGGUGGAAUGCUUCAUCAUCACCAAGCAGGACAAAGGGGGAACCCUCUGGGUGUCGAUGAUACAGAAGUCGCUUGAAGCCAUUGUUCCUUUCUUCUUUGGAGGCGCUGUCACCCACCUGACCACCAAUAUACCGAAGUUUGUGAUUGGUCGACUUCGUCCAAAUUUCUUUGAUGUCUGCAAACCUGAUUGGUCAAGUGUUGACUGUCGUAAUGGCGGGUAUAUUACAAAGAACAUUUGUACAGAGACCAACGAGAAUAUCAUUAACAAGACCAGGGUGGCCUUCCCUUCCGGUCACGCCUCCCUCUCUAUGUAUUUCAUGGUCUUCCUAAUCCUGUACCUGCAGCGACGCCUGACCUGGUCCGACUGUCCACUCCUCCGGCCUGUACUGCAGCUCACACUGUUCUACAUGGCUCUGUGCUGCGGCCUCAGCCGUCUGUACGACCACCUGCACCACUGGGAGGACAUCCUGGCCGGAGACAUCCUGGGGCUCAGCAUUGCCGUGUUAGUGUUCUUCAAAGUCCGCCCCGUGUAUACGUGUCACGUGGUGCAGGGCGGGGAGGAGGACCAACAGUGCCCGGAGGAGGAACCGGAAGUGAAGGAGGAUUCACCCGAGGAAGCAAGGGUUGAGGAAACCCCGGCUGAAACAACUAAAGUUGAAAUGGCGACUGAAGUUGCCUAGCAUGAGGAAGAGACACGAUUCAGAGCGUCAUGAAAUACUUUAUUGUCAUAAACAUAAUGAUGCUAUGUUAUCUCAAUAAGAGAGUUUUUGGUUAAUCGCUAUAAAUCUCAUAAAAAAAGACCGCAUGUGGGACAGCACAAUAGAGGUAAUAAACGAUACGUACUGAACACGUAAGGUCAAUCUGCA